AGAGGCAGUACUGACCAAAGACAGCCUUUCAACACGCACACACACACACGCGACAAGAUGGCGCCACCGGAAGACGGGUCGGCGGAGGUCGUGUCGGCGCCGCAACACGCGCAUGGCGAGUCACAGCCGAGGUUCCGCUUUCCAUACACCAUUUUUGCAGAUAUGGAUGGGACAGUGGUGGAGCGACCGCCUUCCGGGCUCUACCCGGGCCUGGACGAGAGUCCAUGCUGGGGCCCCAUUUGCCAGUGGCUCGAGCUGGGAGGCCGCCUCGUGAUUAUUACCACCGCUAACCUUCGCAGCGUCACACAGUUUUGGCAACAUAUUCCACUCGAGGCGCGGCGGCGUCGACAAGUCUGGCUGGCCAUGGGUUCAGGGGCGCUCCUCUUUACGAGCGACGCCGCCGGGGCUCCCGUAGCCAUGUCCAGUUAUCGUGCCACUGCCUUGCAGCCGACCACCAGCAUCACGCUCGAGGAUCACCAGGCCCUUCUGCCUCAGCUCGCCAAGCUUCACAUUGCCCAGUUUCAAGAGUUUUGCCAUCACCCCGAGCUGAUCGAGCGGCUGUCAGACAAGUACCACGAACCCAUCCGCCGCUUCCUGGCCGAUUGCCAGCACGAUGCUGCUCAGAUCGCCGCUCGCGUCACGACCGACUUGCUCACAACGCCCGGUGGCAUUAUGCACGCUACCAACGAACGUUACAUUUCCGC